UGUGUCAUAUGCGGCGACGCAAUCCGCGGAACGGUAGUCUCCGUGUCGUGUGGCCACUCCCUCGACAUCGCCUGCCUAUGUGCCAUGUUCGAGCGCGCUUCGCACGACGAGUCUCUCUUCCCUCCGAAAUGCUGCCGCACCCCGAUCGAGCUCGCCCCGGUACAGCACCACCUCCCAAGCAUACUCCGUACCCGAUACGCUCACAAGCAGGUCGAGGUCACGACUGCAGACCGCGUGUACUGCCACACCCCGACCUGCUCUGCCUUCCUCGGCCCUCACAAAGCGCAUGACGCCGCCGCCGCCGCCGCCGCUCCCGGGCCUUCUGGGCACUACGUCUGCACCGCGUGCGGCGGCCGCACGUGCACGAGCUGCAAGACGGCCGCGCACCCGGGCCGCGCGUGCGCCGAGGCGGACCUCCAGCGGGACGUGCUCGCGCUCGGGCGCGAAAAGGGCUGGCAGCGCUGCCCGGCGUGCCGCCACCUCGUCGAGCUCAGCCACGGCUGCCACCACGUCACCUGCCGGUGCGCGCAGCAGUUCUGCUACCGGUGCGGGAUGGCGUGGAAGAUGUGCGUCUGCCCGUCGUACCGCGUGGUGGGCGAGCCUGGCGCGGUUGUCGCCGGUGGGCCGCCGCCCGCCGCCCCAGUCGCGGCGCCGGCUGUCGUCCAAGCGCGGCGGGCCCUAGUCGCAGCACGACCUCCUGCCGGACCAUGA